GGCGGAGGGAGGAAGUCGAACGCACCGGACCAUGGAGAAGAAGCAAGGGUUGUUUUCGGCGCUGGAGGAGGUGGUGCGGGGGCUGUCGCCGGCGCGGUCGAGAGCGAAGAGCCAGUCGCCAUCGGCGGCAUUGCUGCUGCUCCCCCGGCGGUGGAAGGGCCACGGGCGGGACCAUUCGCUGGCGCAGCUGCCGGAUGCGCCGCUGAUCGCGAGAUCCGGGAGCUUCCGGCCCGGCGGAGAGGCUCUAGCGCCGCUCAUGGAGGGCCCUGACGGCGACGCGCCGGAGGACGGCGGGAGCACCCGGAGGGAAGGGUGGGGCCGCUGGGUCCGCGGCCAGCUCUCCCGGGCGCCCUCCGUCACGUCCUCCCCCGCGAACGCAGCUGGGUCCUCCUCGUUCCGCCGCUCCGAUCUCCGCCUGCUGCUGGGAGUAAUGGGAGCGCCGCUCGCCCCCAUGCACGUCAGCUCCGCCGACCCUCUCCCCCAUCUCAGCAUCAAGGAGACUCCCAUUGAAACCUCAUCGGCUCAGUACAUAUUGCAGCAGUACACCGCCGCAUCGGGCGGUCUCAAGCUGCAGAGCUCCAUCCGGAAUGCCUACGCCAUGGGCAAGGUGAGGAUGGUGGCGUCGGAGUUCGAAACUGCGACCAAGGUGGUGAAGAAUCGCGGUGGCUCAGCGCGUGCAGCUGAGUCAGGCAGCUUCGUCCUUUGGCAGAUGGCCCCUGACAUGUGGUACGUCGAGCUCGCCGUUGGCGGCAGCAAGGUCCAUGCCGGCUCCAAUGGCCAACUCGUCUGGCGGCACACCCCGUGGCUCGGCGUGCACGCGGCCAAGGGCCCCGUCCGCCCUCUCCGGCGCGCCCUCCAGGGCCUUGAUCCGCUGACGACGGCGAGCAUGUUUGCCAAUGCACGUUGCAUCGGGGAGAAGAAGGUUAAUGGGGAGGAUUGCUUCAUCCUCAAGCUCUGCGCUGAUCCGCAGACGCUGAAAGCCAGGAGCGAAGGCCCCGCAGAGAUCAUUCGGCACGUCCUCUUCGGCUGCUUCAGCCAGCGAACAGGGCUCCUGGUGCACAUGGAGGACUCGCACCUCACGCGAAUCCAAUCCAACGCCGGCGGCGAUGCGGUCUAUUGGGAGACCACCAUCAACUCCUUCCUCGACGACUACCGCCCCGUCGAAGGCAUAAUGAUCGCCCACUCCGGCCGCUCCGUGGUCACUCUUUUCAGGUUCGGCGAGGUGGCCAUGAGCCACACCAAGACCAGGAUGGAGGAGGCGUGGACCAUUGAGGAGGUGGCCUUCAACGUCCCAGGCCUGUCAGCCGACUGCUUCAUCCCUCCUGCGGACAUAAGACGCGGUUCCGUCAGCGAGACCUGUGAACUCCCGCAAGGCGAAAGGAGCAAAACCAGCAUCGGCAACCGGGCGAAGGUGGCGGCGGUUGACAAACCACACGCUACCGCUGCAAGUGAUAGAAUCAUUUGGAGGGUCGAAGUUUAGCAAUGCGAUGGUGGUGGCGUCCGUCCGGGAAAGAUGGAACUGUUCAUACUGCUCGUUCUCGUGCUAAUUGUCACUGACCGACCAUGAAAUGUAGGUCACUGCCUACUAAUUUCAUGUGCUAUCCUCUGUAAAUAGGAGCGUAAUUGUUCUCAGGUCUCAUUUGUCACAGGCCUCGCAGAACCUUUAUCCUCUGAAUGCAGAAGGGUAUUGGUAAAGCAUCGGUUAGAUUCAGAUGGGGAAAGACAGAGAGAGAGAGAGAGGGUUUCUUCCUCUUCUUGUUCCUUCUCCUUCAUCCCUUUGGCUUUGCUGCCUUUCCAUGGUGUUUUAGAUCAAACUCAUUUGGUGGUCACAAGGUCAUUUAAUGUGUUCAUGCAGUUGAGUUGUCGUUUGUGUUGGUGGAGUUCAUGUUCUUAGAUCUCUUCGGUGUAAGAAUGAGCGAGAUAUUGUCGGUGGCUA